AGCGAGUCAGUAUGUCUCUAACGCUCGUGAGGUGAAGAGGUGUGUGACUUGCCGCUGCUGGCGAGUGUGACGUGUACCGCAUAUCGUUGGAAUAAUACCGUUCCCAGUGUAUCAGCCAUCAGGUUCGGUCGCGCCAUCCUCCUCGUCUCCAGGAUGGGUGACGGCAGCAGCUCCCGCCCCCUCAAGAUCACCGUGGUGGGUGACGGCACCGUCGGCAAGACCUGCCUCCUCAUCUCCUACACGUCGGGGGAGUUCCCUGUGGAAUACGUGCCAACAGUGUUCGACAACUAUGCAGGUUCUCACACAGUAGAAGGGCGAUCGUAUGCUAUGACGUUGUGGGAUACAGCAGGACAGGAAGAGUACGAGAGAUUGCGUCCACUCUCUUAUCCCGGGACACAUGUGUUCAUAGUGUGCUUUGCGCUUGACAAUCGUGCCAGUUUUGAGAAUGUAUCAUCGAAAUGGCUGCCAGAGUUAAAGCAACAUUGCCCAAAAGCACCAGUGGUCCUAGUUGGUACCAAAAAGGAUGUGAGGAACCUGAAUGUGCUGAGUCCAAGAGAUGGGAAGAAGCUUUGCAAGAAAUGCAGCCUCUCCAAAUAUGUAGAGUGCUCUGCAAAGACACAGGAAGGAGUGCAAGAGGUCUUCACAUAUGCAACAAUGGCUGCUGUAGGCUUAACACCAAGGCAACGACCCUGUGUUAUUAUGUAGUAUCAGCUCUAUAAUUAUUGUUAAAAAACUGUUGCCAACUCAGAGUAGGGCAGGCAAAUAAUGUAUCUGACAUGUUUUUGUAGACGAUAUUGUUCAGAACUCAUGUGAAUAUCGUUUGUUAAUUAUAAAAAUACUCAGUUGAGGUUUUUCUUUCUGAUAUAUUGGAGUUCAAUAUUCACACAAAAAAAAGCAUGAAUGAAAUUAUGUAUAUUUUCAGGUGACAAAAUGUUGAAUAUUUUGUAAAAAAUGGAUGUACAAAAGACAGAUAGAAAAGAAAGUUUAUGGGGUUAUUACCAUUUGUAUAUUUACUUGUUAUUAGCAAAUUUAUAAAACCAUUUGAUAUAAUGGAAAAUAUCUUUCUAAUUAUUCACUGCAUUAUGAUUCAGUUACAAAAGGUUUUAGUUUGUUUAUUAAUGAAAUUUAAUGUUCUGUGAGAAAUUAAUUAUCAAUAGGUUAGUCUGGAGGUAAAUAAACCUUAGUUAUGUAUGAUAAGAACUUGGUUAAAAACGUUUGCAGUUGUUAUAAAUGGAAAUACAGAAACGCAUAAAUUGCUUUUUUAUUGGUCACAGCAUUUUUUACAAAUGAUUGUUGCUUUUUUAUCAUAAUAAAAUUGCAGAAGGGUUUCACUGGUUCUUCAUAGGUUACUUUCUAUGUUUACUGUCAUAUGGAUUAAAGACUAAUGUAUUCAUGCUUUGAUAACCUCAGAAGUUACCAAGACUAAUUAUAUGUCUUCUAUAUGGAUUUUCUGUUGUUUAUAUUUAGAUAAUGGAAAAUAAAGAAUUAAAAAGUAUACAUAUGUAUCUUAGAUGAGUGUCAGAGCAACAUCAGUUGAGCAACUUUGGAGAAAUGGCUAGGUAAAGUAAAGGUGGCCAAAUGUUCUUUUAGAACUUAAUUAUUUAUUUGUUUUAGAAACAUAGAAAAUCUAAGUGGUAGUAGUUACUUUUUCUUUUCAUGCCAGAGUAGACAGAAGUAGGACUUGGAAGAUAUGCAGUGCAUAUACAGUUUUUUUAGUGGUAGCAAAGGGGACCAAAUGUAUAUGAUAUGAUAAACAAUGUAAAUUUUGUUUUGCAUUUGAAAAGACAAGCUAUAUAUUUAUUAUCUAUUAGAUGUAAGAAAAAUAGUCACAUGAUUGGUAUGUUUCCAUACUUAAUACAAUUAUAAAAAUACCAAAAAACAGAAUUUUGCUUUACUGAGACUAAAGCAUAUGCAUACUUUUAGCUAGUGGCCUUGAUUCAGGUAAUGCCUUUAGAGCAUUAUAAAAUACCCAUUUCAUUAACACUGCACUUGGAGAGUAGAUUAGUGUAGCUUUGGCAUUACUUUUUUGAAGAGAUUAGAAUAUAUAUUAUAUAUAUAUAGAAAAAGAAUAUCACUGAUGUAAAUUUUACCAAUUAAUUUAGGUAUUUAGAUAUAACAGGUCAUACUAUUUCAGUUACCAAGGACAUGCUACUGGAAAAAUUCUAAAUUCUUAUGUAUGUACUUCCACUGAUGUGAUAAAUAUGUUAUGCAGUUAAAGAAAAAAGUCAGGCUAUUAUUGCUUUCUUGGAAUAGAAAUGCAUUUUCUAACAUACAAACAGGUCAUUGAAAUGCUUUUGUUGGUCUCUUGGAUAAACAAAUACUAUUCAUCAUUCAUCAGGACAGUGGAAACACAAUAGUGCCUUAUCACAGUUUAUAUAUUAAUUUGCAUUUUAAUUCUAUAGCCUAGUUCUCUUCCAUUUAGUCGGCUCUAAUAUGUAUAAUUGUUACAUGGAUGCAACUGCUAAAAUUUGGUUGAAUAAUUAAUGAAAAGUUGUUUAUAAAUGUGGCUCUCUCUUACCAGUUCAGAUAAUUAGAGUUAACAGAUAUUGUUUUGAUUAACAAGAUAAAGUUGAUAAAGUAAGCAAGAUUAUGAUAAGAUUAUAUAAGUUUGCUUCUCAGAAAUGCAAACAGCAGUGUGUUUUAUAAAAAAAAUAAUGAUUUACUGAUAAAAUACUUAGCAACUGAAAUAGGUUAAUAGUGUCUUAUUUAUCUAUUAAUCUAUUUCAUCAACUUUGAAUCUGAAAAUAAAUGCAUAGAUAAAUAGUGAAUGGAAAAAAAAAAACAAAUUAAUAAAGAAAUAUAUAAAUAAAUUGAUAACCAUACCCAGAGGUUAACACACACUUAUUUAUACAUUAUAUGAUGGAAAAGCUAAAUUACACAGUCCAGUGGGAAGGCAGGAUGGCAGUUUUAAAUUAAAACUAGAUAUCUUUGUCAGGUUUGGAAGAAUAAGUCCUCUUCCUCCUCAAAUAACAAUGUAAAAUCAAAUCUGAUAUGACAUUGUCAUCUGAACUUUCAAAUAAAACUGUUUGAUUAUUAUAUAUUCAUUAUUGUUUCUGCUGUUGGGGUUACUGUAUGUGUCUGAGAGGAUUUAUCAAGUCCUUUGAUACGUAUAUAAGUAUUUUUUGUUCAGUGUUCAUUGUUCUGUGAGGUGUGUACCACUGCAAAGCUAACUUGAUAUGUAUUAAAGACUGGGUCCUUGUUUUUUUAUUAAUCCAUCAUAAAUAUAGUUUCAUUUCUUCAGUCACAGUAGAGCACUUAGUCAUUAACAAAUGUGUAAGAUAUAGUCUUUGAAAUUUUAUUCUAUACUCUAACCUAAAGUCAUGAUCUAAUAGUAGAGUUUACUGUGCACAGAAAUACAUUUCUGUCAACAAAGACCAAAUUAUAAUCUACUCAUAGUAGUUAUACAGGAGGAAGAUUGUUAUGCAUCCUUAAAUAAAUAGAAGCGACAGUGGAUCUGACUGACUUUGGAUAUUUUUAUUGUGACAUCGAGUUUUAAGAGAUAUAUUUUGUUAGGCUGUAUAUUGAAAUUAAGAAUAUAUGACCCAGUCUUUGAAAUUGUCAAACCCUUGUAAAUCAGGAAAUCAUGUGAUAUAUAUUCAUGAGAUAAGAUUUUUCAUGCGAAUAAGCAAAAUAGACAGGGGAUACAUUAAAUGAUGAAGGAUAAAAAAAAGCACUUAGCCCACAAAGCCUGUAUUGUUUCAUGGAUGUUCAUCACUCCAGCACAAAUGUAAUUACUUAAAUUUUCAAGUGCUACUAAUAGCACAAGACCUUGAGGAGUGUUUAUAGUGCACUUACUUGAAAUUUAGUAUUUCUACAUAUACUGAAAUACUUCAUGUUUCAUGUUGCCAUUCUUCAAUUUUUAUUUGUCUAUUUUGUUUUGUUGGUUUUGCUGCUGAGACACUUAAGCUUCAUCGUUGGGAAGAGUUAUUUCUUUAGAUCUUUAGUUUCAGUUCCAGAGCCAUGUUUGGAAAGAAAAAGCUUGAAACUUAUCUUUUGUUUUGAGAGAAUUUGAUGUCAUAGUAUUACAGACAUGUAUGUGUGUGUGUAUAUUUCAUAUACAUAUAAGUGUACACACAUUUGUAUACUAUUUCAAGUUGAAUAGUCUUUGACUGUGGCCACUGUGCUUCUGUAAAUAAACAUGUUGAAUUUUUUUGCUUUCAGAAA